GUCACGCCAACUACAAUUCCGUGACGAAGUCGCCUUCUCUAACGCUAUAAAUCCAGGCAUCAGCCUCUCCCCUUCCUCACAAUUGCGAUUGUUUUGCUUCUCAACAAUCUGAAAAAUCCUCCUCUAAAUCUCUCUCGAAGCUCCCUCAGCCUUUCAAGAUGCAAAUCUUCGUGAAAACUCUUACCGGCAAGACCAUCACCCUCGAGGUGGAGUCAUCUGACACCAUCGACAACGUCAAGGCCAAGAUCCAGGACAAGGAAGGGAUCCCCCCGGACCAGCAGCGUCUGAUCUUCGCUGGAAAGCAGCUCGAAGAUGGCCGAACCCUUGCAGACUACAACAUCCAAAAGGAGUCAACCCUCCACUUGGUGCUCCGUCUUCGCGGUGGAAUGCAGAUCUUUGUUAAGACCCUCACCGGCAAGACCAUCACCCUCGAGGUGGAGUCAUCUGACACCAUCGACAACGUCAAGGCCAAGAUCCAAGACAAGGAAGGGAUUCCCCCAGACCAGCAGCGUCUGAUCUUCGCUGGAAAGCAGCUCGAAGAUGGCCGUACCCUUGCGGAUUACAACAUCCAGAAAGAGUCAACCCUCCACUUGGUGCUCCGUCUUCGUGGUGGCAUGCAGAUCUUCGUUAAGACCCUCACCGGCAAGACCAUCACCCUUGAGGUGGAGUCAUCCGAUACCAUUGACAAUGUCAAGGCCAAAAUCCAAGACAAGGAGGGCAUUCCCCCAGACCAGCAGAGGUUGAUCUUUGCUGGAAAACAGCUUGAGGAUGGCAGGACCCUUGCCGACUACAACAUCCAGAAGGAGUCUACCCUUCACUUGGUUCUCCGACUCCGUGGUGGUAUGCAAAUCUUCGUCAAGACCCUUACCGGGAAGACCAUCACCCUUGAGGUCGAGAGCUCCGACACCAUUGACAACGUGAAGGCUAAGAUUCAAGAUAAGGAGGGCAUCCCACCAGACCAGCAGAGGCUUAUCUUUGCUGGAAAGCAGCUUGAGGACGGCCGCACCCUUGCCGACUACAACAUCCAGAAGGAGUCCACUCUCCAUUUGGUUUUGCGUCUCCGUGGUGGCAUGCAGAUUUUUGUCAAGACCCUGACAGGAAAGACCAUCACCCUGGAGGUGGAGAGUUCGGACACCAUUGACAAUGUCAAGGCCAAGAUCCAGGACAAGGAGGGAAUCCCACCGGACCAGCAGAGGCUGAUCUUUGCUGGGAAGCAGCUCGAGGAUGGCCGCACUCUGGCGGACUACAACAUCCAGAAGGAGUCAACCCUUCACUUGGUGCUGCGUCUGAGGGGUGGUAUGCAGAUCUUCGUGAAGACCUUGACAGGAAAGACCAUCACCUUGGAGGUGGAGAGCUCUGACACCAUCGACAAUGUGAAGGCAAAGAUCCAGGACAAGGAAGGCAUCCCUCCGGACCAGCAGAGGUUGAUUUUCGCUGGAAAGCAGUUGGAGGAUGGAAGGACCCUGGCUGAUUACAACAUUCAGAAGGAGUCCACCCUUCACCUUGUCCUCCGUCUCCGUGGUGGUUUUUAAGUGCUGGAUGUGGCCGGUGGCCGUCUUCUACCCGUUUUCGUUGAAUUGUUUAUGUUUUUACUGUUUUUAUGUAUUUAAGUUUGAUGGUACUGUUUCUGCCUCCUGAUUGAGGCAUAUGGACAAGUUUGGUUUAUCUUUUACUAUGUUUUGAUAAAUAAAUUCCGUUCUGGUUAAAAA